CAAAAAGUAAGAUGAGACUGGGAUAUGAACUUAAAGAAGCUAUGUUUAAAAGCAAAGCUGAUUGAAGCUAAGAUUCAUUGCCCCAAGGAAGAAAGAAUAUGGCCAGUGUAACUUCUGAAAUAUCAGUCCAAACACUGAAAUAUAAUGUUGUGCACCUGAAUUUGACUUUUCACAUACUUCCUUGUGUAAUGUAUUACAAAUGAUGAAAUGAAAUACCCUUUUCACUUAAAUGUGUAGAUGUUAUAACAAUAAUUCUGAAAUGAUGGAGCCUAGGAAUAUGUCCAGAGUGAGUGAAUUUAUCCUGUUAGGAAUUCCCUUUCUGUAUGAUCUUCACCGAGUCUUCUUCGUAGUGGGUCUAUUCAUGUACCUUGUAACCAUCCUUGGGAAUGGCUUCAUCCUUAUCAUUGUAGCAAUUGAGCCAAGACUUCAGACACCAAUGUACAUCUUCCUGAGCAACCUUGCUUUCCUGGAGAUCUGCUAUACCUCCACGGUGGUACCCAAAUUGCUACAGACAUUUAUAGAAGCCAAAACCACCAUUUGCUUCCAUUGCUGUCUGGCUCAAGGAUUUUUUCACUUUUGUUUUGGUACCACAGAGCUCUUCAUCCUCACAGCUAUGUCUUUUGACCGCUAUCUGGCCAUCUGCAAGCCGCUUCAAUAUCCCAUCAUUAUGUCCAAACACAUGUCCCUUCAAAUGUCUUUGGCCACCUGGUAUGCUGCCUUUGGGAUUAUCUUUUUUCAUUAUUUUAUUGUUUGGAGAAUGCCAUUCUGUGGGUCUAAUAUUGUUGACCAUUUCUUCUGUGAUAUUGGUCCUCUGUUGAGCCUUAUGUGUGCUGAUACUCAUCUCAUUGAGUCCCUCAGAAUAUUGACUAUCUUUGUCGUUGUGAUUAUGACCUUACUUCUCAUGAUUCUGUCCUACAUUUUUAUCAUUGCCACCGUCUUGCGCAUUCCCUCUGCCGUAGGGCGGAAAAAGGCCUUCUCCACCUGCACCUCUCACCUGUUGGUGGUGUCCAUCUUAUAUGGAGCUCUUGUCUUCAUGUACGUGAGGCCCAACGUCCAGUCCUCAUACCGCUUGACAAGAACUGUGGCGAUCUUGAACACCACUCUUACCCCAAUGCUGAAUCCUUUCAUAUACACAAUUCGGAAUGCCGAAGUCAAAAAAGCUGUCCAGAACAUAAUCCAUAAAAGGAAAGGGACCUUAAAUUGAGACAAUGCAUGGAGAAAUAGUUCUAGCACUUUCUUAUGCAACAGGAAUGAGAUGAACUUUAGAGAAUUGCGGCAUUGGUGACAUUUUGAGUGUGGCAAUCAGAAUUCAAUUGGCAGUUUCAGACUUAAAAACACUAACUGUCAUAAAUAUAAGUCAGUGGUUAAGCCUCUCAGUUUUGAUCAUGUGACUAUGGGGAUGCUACAAUGGUCGUAGGUGUAAAAAACAGUCGUAAGUCAGUUCUUCCAGUGCCACUGUAACUUCAAGUGAUCACUAAACAGAGGUUGAUGCUCAAGAUUUGUAAAUCCUGAACAGGUUAACAGCAUUUGUUGUGAUUCUUUUGUGUACAAUACAAUCCAUAGUAAGAAAUUAACUUUUUUAUAAAGGAAAGUGGGGGUGGGGGUUUCCCCUGUAUUUCUUAGAAUUUAUAUCCCAGCUUUCUUCUUGAGUGGCACUCAAAAGCUAAAUAAAUUAAGGGGGGGGGGAAGAAUCAUUCAAUCUAAACAUGUUUAUAAGACAAUAAAAAUGUCCAGAAAAUUAGCAAAUCUCAGAACAAACUGUAUUGUGACUUUGACAGAUCUGUCUUUUAUCUAGUCAUUAGUCCAUAAAAAGGAAGGGCCCUCAAAGUGGAAAACUGAAAUGGUGCAACAGUUUUUUCCAUGCAGUGCUUUGCAGAAUAAAAGGAUGAUACUAGAACCAAAGUUCCCAAAUGUUGUAACUGAAAUGUAAUUUUGGAUUUAAUUUAUCCU